ACGGAAGGAAUGUUUUGUAGAAGGCGCUGCUUCCUGAUUUCAUUGUAUUGCCUGUCAUCGGGUCCAAUCUACAUGUCCGCCUUGCGUCAACUCGCUGUGUUGAAUAAGAUCAUGGCGUACUCCGUCCCUGAGUGCUGUGGUUUAUCUCCAGUGUGUUGUUGUGCCCCCACUGCUACCAUGACUCAUUCCGUCGAGCGCAACUCCGAGCUACACCUUGCUUCAAUACUUCGAGUCUCUCGACCGGUUUCGACAUGAACCUUUUCUGCGAAAUAAGCGUUUGACGUUUCUCACGAAGAGUGUUUUGAUUCUUAUCAUUCUUUAGCGCCCUUUCUCGGUGUCCAUCAUGCUGUUAUUCAUGCUUUUGGCUCUCGUUAGUAGAGUCAGAUGUGAUUCUGUGAUCGAAGACCCAGGGGCCAAUGAUCAGAGAACGUUGCUGCAACUCAUUUGGAGCUGCAGUGCCACGAUCUUCGCGUGCACCUGGCUCGCUGUCCACCCGAAUGUUCCUGGGAGAGCUCUCAAAAGGCGCGGAAGGCUGGCAAUAGCCUUUCGACGGGCGAAGCUCAUGCUUCUUACUAUCAUAGUCCCGGAGAUUAUCAUAGGUUGGGCUGCUGCACAGUGGAGAGUCGCGCGAUACAUCAAGAAUCUAUCACCUCAAAAGCUCACCAUGGCACAUGGCUUCUUCGUAGCCAUGGGUGGAUUCUGUAACAGUCACGGGGAUAUCCUCUGCUGUAAAGACUUAUAUCCAAUCGGACACGAGCGUAAUGGAGAAUCCUGUCGGGAAUCCUGGAUUGACGCUUUAGCGGGAGUGCCGGAGGAGGAGAUGGAGGAAAGAAGCAAAGCCGACGCGUUCUCCAAAGGCAUUGCCAUUAUCCAGAUAUCCUGGUUUGCCCUCCAGUGUCUCGCUCGCGUGAUACAGGACCUCCCCAUCGUCCCAAUCGAGAUGUCUGCGCUGGCGUUCUCGGUUCUGAGCAUCGUGCUGUACAUGAUAUGGUGGUACAAACCAUUUGAUAUCCAAGUACAUAUCGUGCUCCCCGUUGGUGCGAAGCUGGACUAUGCUGAUCAUGAAGACCGAGAGCAUGUCGGGCUGCUCCGCUGCAUUAAUGAUUGGUAUUAUAAUGUGCUGGUCGCGAUAUACGGAUGCGCGGACGACGAUACGAUCCCGACUAUCGAAACUGGUGUGUCGGAAAUCUAUGUGGCGGACUACAUCGAUAAUCCUUCGCUCCCUUCGACGCCUGCUGUGCUGCGUUGGCUAGCAGCAUGGGCGGUGGGAGCUUUGUUCGGAUCCAUGUAUCUCGUUGAUUGGUCUUAUGAGUUUCCUUCCAACGUCGAGCGGACUUUGUGGCGCACGUCCGCUAUCGCGAUCACAUCCAUUCCGCUGUGGUUCCUCGUGCAGGGGUACAGCUUCUUCUUUUGCCCUUCUCAUCUCUCGAUGGCCUUUGCUGCUACGUGCUAUAUUACCGCCAGGAUAUGUAUUAUCGUUUUAGCACUUAUGUCUUUACGUUGUCUUCUACCAGCGGCUCUGGUUGAGGUUUCUUGGACUAUGUAUAUUCCACAUGUCUAGAUGUUAGUUGGUUUUUUUUUCUUUUCUUUUGUUGUAUAUCUCCCGCUUGUAGUUACCUGGUGUAAUCACAGAUUUAAAUGUCGUUUCGUGUAGUCACAUUCUGCCGUGCGCAUCCUCACUUCCUUGACGUCUUUGAUGAAAAUGGUUCUCAACGAGAAGAUCCCAUCUGUUGUUGUCAUCUAGAAACCUGAUAUAUACUUCCAGGACAUAGAUCAGAAAAAAUCUGUCAGGGAGCAGAGACG